AUGAAGGCAGCUGUGGAUCUCAAGCCGACCCUCACCAUCAUCAAGACGGAAAAAGUGGACUUGGAGCUUUUCUCCUCCCCGGAUAUGGAGUGUACAGAUGUCCCAUUGUUAACUCCAAGCAGCAAAGAAAUGAUGUCUCAAGCAUUGAAAGCUACUUUCAGUGGUUUCACUAAAGAGCAGCAAAAACUGGGAAUUCCAAAAGACCCCCGGCAGUGGACAGAAGCUCAUGUCCGAGACUGGGUGAUGUGGGCUGUGAAUGAGUUCAGCCUGAAGGGUGUGGACUUUCAGAAGUUUUGUAUGAAUGGAGCAGCUCUCUGUGCCCUGGGAAAAGACCGCUUUCUCGAGCUGGCCCCAGACUUUGUUGGGGAUAUCUUAUGGGAACAUCUAGAGAUUCUGCAAAAAGAGGAUGUGAAGCCCUAUCAGAUUAAUGGAGUGAACCCCACAUAUCCAGAGUCCCGUUAUACCUCGGAUUACUUUAUUAGCUAUGGUAUCGAGCAUGCCCAGUGUGUUCCUCCAUCAGAGUUUUCUGAGCCUAGCUUCAUCACAGAGUCCUACCAGACACUCCAUCCCAUCAGUUCUGAGGAACUCCUCUCCCUCAAGUAUGAAAAUGACUACCCUUCUGUCAUCCUCCGGGACCCCCUCCAGACGGACCCUUUGCAGACUGACUAUUUUACUAUCAAGCAAGAAGUUAUAACCCCAGACAACAUGUGCAUGGGGAGGACCAGUCGUGGUAAGCUCGGGGGCCAGGACUCCUUUGAGAGCAUAGAGAGCUACGAUAGUUGUGACCGCCUCACCCAGUCCUGGAGCAGCCAGUCAUCUUUCAACAGCCUGCAGCGUGUUCCUUCCUAUGACAGCUUCGACUCAGAGGACUAUCCAACUGCUUUGCCCAACCACAAGCCCAAAGGCACCUUCAAGGACUAUGUGCGUGACCGUGCUGACCUCAACAAGGACAAGCCUGUCAUUCCUGCUGCAGCUCUGGCUGGCUACACAGGUAGUGGACCAAUCCAGCUGUGGCAGUUUCUUCUGGAAUUACUCACUGAUAAAUCCUGUCAGUCUUUUAUCAGCUGGACAGGAGAUGGCUGGGAAUUCAAGCUUUCUGAUCCAGAUGAGGUGGCCAGAAGAUGGGGAAAGAGGAAAAACAAACCCAAGAUGAAUUAUGAGAAACUGAGCCGUGGCUUGCGCUACUAUUACGACAAAAACAUCAUCCACAAGACGGCUGGGAAGCGCUAUGUGUACCGCUUUGUAUGUGACCUGCAGAGCCUGCUGGGGUACACGCCUGAGGAGCUCCAUGCCAUGCUGGACAUCAAGCCCGAUGCUGAUGAGUGA